AUGAAUGUGAAGAUCCAAAAGAAAAUACAUGUGGUUGGAUCAACUGUAUCAAUCUUCCAGGGAGUUACAACUGCUCUUGCCCCUCUUGGUAAUCAUGGGGACGUGAAAAAAGAUGGAACUGGAUGUAUUCCUAUGGUGGACCAUGUUCACUUAUUGGACAAUAUCCCGAGGGUUCUCCAUCAGGCGGACUGCUACAGGAUGGAUUCUCUUCCUGGUAAUGAUGAAAUAAGGAGGGCAGUAUGGGAGUUGGACCCGGACAGCUCGCCCGGUCUUGAUGGGUUCUCUAGUGCUUUCUUUCGAAGGUGCUGGCUUACUGUGGAAGUGGAGGUGUGCAAUGCAGUGAGACAAUUCUUUAGCACCAGUUCUAUGCCUCACGAGGUGAAUAAUAACUUCCUUGUCUUGAUUCCCAAGGUGGAAGGAGCGAAUACGCUUGAUAGAUUUCGCCCUCUCUGUCUAGAGAAUGAAAGAUGGAUUAUCGAUAAUGGUAAUCUAGCAAACUUUUGGAAGGAUAAGUGGUGGGGUCCUAAGCCUGUGCUGGAGAAGCUACAGAUAACGGACCUGCCCUCUCUCAGCUUUAAUGCCAAAGUGGGUGAUUUUAUUCGUGAUGGAAAAUGGGCUCUCCCUGAGCUUCACCACCUUAUUCAUAGAGAUAUUAAGUCUACAAACAAACUCCUGCAUGACAACUAUACAGCAAAGGUAUCCGAAUUUGGUGCAUCAAGUUUGGUUUCAUUAGACCAUACUCAAAUUAGUACACUAGUGCAAGGAACAUGGGGUUAUUUGGACCCAGAGUACCUUCGAUCAAGUCAACUCAUAGAAAAGAGUGAUGUUUAUAGUUUUGGCGAAGUACUUGUGGAGCUAUUAACGGAAAAGAAAGCACUCUAUUUUGAUGGGUCUGGCAGAGAGACAAAUCUAGCCAUGCAUUUUGUCUCCUCAGUCAAAGAAGAAGAUAGGGUCUGGGAUAUUCUAGAUGAUCAGAUUGUGGCUGAAGGGUUCAGAGAGGAAGUUCAAGCAAUCCUAGAAUUGGAAGAAAGAUGUUUAAGAUUAAAAGGGGAAGAAAGGCCAACAAUGAAGGAAGUGGCAAUGGAGUUAUAA